AUGAUGGCUAAUGCGGGUAAUAGCUCUAGCUUUGUUAGCUGGUUAGAGAAUUCUGAUUUAAAUGAUAAUCACUUUGACUGCACUGAUGAUGAUGAUGAUGGUAUUGAUGAAAGUGGAAUGAAGGUGUGUGAAUAUAAUGCUCCAGUCGCUGAAUGGGAUUCAGGCCUGUUCGAGCCUGAGGACGAGUACCAUCUACCCCGGAGCAGCCCUGUCAUAUCCCGCAAGAGACAGAGACACAAAGAGACAGAGAAACAGUCUGGUCUGUCUUUGACACCUCCAAUAUGGGAACUAUCUAUCUCUCCAACUGUGAAAUCCAACUAUUCUAGUCCACAUAGACUGACAGAGUUCAUUUGCUCAGAAAAAGAGAGAAACAUUGAUCACUGUGAUUCACCCAAGGGCUCUUCAGGACAGACACAGUUCCUCACAGAUAAUCAUGGCACACAAAUUUCACCUGUCUCUCAGGACACUCACAGCCACUCUUUUGUUUCUGGACGGUUACAUGAGGGAUUCCAGUCAAAGACUAAAAGAAGAGCCUGCUCUGACAUCCCACCGGCAACUGGUCAGAGGAGCUCAGACCAAGCUAAGAAACGUGGGUCACGUGUUGAUCACUCCGCUACAGACCUCUACAGUUUGGACCAGGAAAAUGCUCAUUUUGUGGUUGUGGAUAUGGUGCUGGAAAUGCUGGAGGCCGUGAAAUGGGUUGUGUGUUUGCAGCAUUUAAAAAACACACAUCCUCAUCAAGACAGAUGUGAAACACAAAAUACCUCAAAAACACACUCAAUCUAUUCCUUUGACAGCGGAUUUGAGGGUAACAAAGAUUGUGUUGCAACAAAGUCCUGUGUCAUCCGUAUAAUAGUCAUGAAAGUGUACUCUGUAUAUUUUUGUGAUGGCUGCCACGGUGGUUUGGAAUCAGUGAUUCCAGGUCGGGUUCUGAAUAACUGGGAUUUUACACAGUAUCCAGUCUGCCAUUUCUCAACACAUUUACUGAACUCUAUAUGGCAGCAACCGCUCUUUAAACUUACAAGUGUGGCCAAGAACCUCUACAGUCAGGCCAAAGAGCUACAGCGUUUCAGAGAACUACAGGAGCAACUAAUAUCCAUCAAAAAGCUUCUGAGCACAUGCAGACUAUCAACUGGAUGAUUUACUAUACUUGGUGAGUUUGAACAGCUUCCUGCUCAUCUGAUGCAGGAACUACACCUCUUCUCAAUGGAUGACCUCAUCAGGGUAAAAAAGGGUCAGCUCUGUAUCAGAGCGAAAGCCUUGAUGCAGUCUGCAAUCGCUCACAUAGACAUAUGUGAGCUGUGUCAGGCCAAAGGCUUUAUCUGUGAGUUCUGUCACGGGGAGGAAGUGCUUUUCCCUUUUCAGAGAGACACCUGCACCCACUGCCAAGACCACAUCUCAUGCUUCUGUGAUGAAUCAUGUCCCAAAUGCCAGAAACGAAAGAAACUCCAGCAAGACAUCAUUAUGGAAUCUCCUAUAUGUCCCUCGCUGCAUUUUAAAGCGACAUAA